CGCUUGGGGAGCAGUGGGGAACAGUGCCACUUAGCGCUCCUGGUGGGCUAAGAGGGAGACUGGCGGGGGGUGCCGGACAUUUAGGGGUUGGUCUAGGGUUCCCCCUGUCGCUGAGCGCAAACGAGCAGCUCAGCGGGUGCACCCGGACCAUGGGCGCUGGUGCCAGCGCAGAGGAGAAACACUCCCGCGAGCUGGAGAAGAAGCUCAAGGAAGAUGCGGAGAAGGAUGCCAGGACGGUCAAGCUGCUGCUUUUGGGAGCUGGCGAAUCCGGGAAGAGCACAAUUGUAAAACAAAUGAAGAUCAUCCACCAGGAUGGAUACUCCCUGGAAGAGUGCCUGGAGUUCAUCUCCAUCAUCUACAGCAACACCCUGCAGUCCAUGCUGGCCAUCGUGCGGGCCAUGGGCACGUUGAGCAUCCAGUACGGGGACUCGGCCCGGCAGGACGAUGCCCGUAAGUUGCUGCACUUGGCUGACACCAUUGAAGAGGGCACCAUGCCCAAGGAGAUGUCUGACAUCAUUGCUCGCCUCUGGAAGGACACGGGCAUCCAGGCCUGUUUCGAGCGCGCCUCAGAGUACCAGCUAAACGACUCGGCCGGCUACUACCUGAAUGAUGUGGCGCGCCUAGUGGCACCUGGCUAUGUCCCCACAGAGCAGGAUGUGCUGCGCUCCAGGGUCAAGACCACCGGCAUCAUCGAGACCCAGUUCUCCUUCAAGGACCUCAACUUCAGGAUGUUCGACGUGGGCGGCCAGCGCUCUGAGCGGAAGAAGUGGAUUCACUGUUUCGAAGGGGUCACCUGCAUCAUCUUCAUCGCCGCCCUCAGUGCCUAUGACAUGGUCCUGGUGGAGGACGACGAAGUGAACCGGAUGCAUGAGAGCCUGCAUCUCUUCAACAGCAUCUGCAACCACCGCUACUUCGCCAUCACCUCCAUCGUCCUCUUCCUCAACAAGAAGGAUGUCUUCCUGGAGAAGAUCAGGAAGGCCCACCUCAGCAUCUGCUUCCCCGAUUAUGACGGACCCAACACGUUCGAGGACGCAGGCACCUAUAUCAAGGUCCAGUUCCUGGAGCUCAACAUGCGCCGGGAUGUAAAGGAGAUCUACUCACACCUGACCUGUGCCACCGACACCGAGAACGUCAAGUUCGUCUUCGACGCUGUCACCGACAUCAUCAUCAAAGAGAACCUUAAAGACUGUGGCCUCUUCUGAGCCCCUGGUCCGCCCUCCCCAUCAU